AUGUCGACCAUUCCGCGAACGCUGCGCAACAUCCGCAAGGUUGGAAUCAAGGUACGAGGCGAACUGGGCCGUCGCGCCCCGGACCCCAAUGGAUCACCGCCCCCCCCCCCCCAGGGAAACAAGACGCUGACGUUCAACAGGACUACUUGGUUCAGAUGUGGGUAUGUAUUCGACGACGGAACCCAGACGGCACAACGACGAGAUGGAAAAGCAUGGACAAUGGCUGACCGCAGCGUGUGCUUCGCUCAAACUUUUAGCGAUACCAAGGCCGGCACAUACAUGGGCAAGGACCGCGCCGGCAACAAGUACUUUGAGAAUGGCGAGGAGCUGCCCCUGCGCACGCGCUGGGUCGAGUACGCCAAGCACGACUUUGACGCCGCCCACAUCGAGCCCGGCUGGCACGCCUGGAUGAGCUACGUCGUCGACGCCGUGCCCGGCGACGACCCCCUCCUCACCGCCGGCACCCGCAAGUUUGAGCCCGCUCUGCCCAAGCCAAACUACACGCAGACGCCCGGCGCCUUCAAGACAUACAACACCACCAAGAGCAAGCUUACCGCCUGGCAGCCCGUCGCGGCACCGAGAUCAUAA